CGCGACGCCGGGCCCCUGACGUCACCCGAUUCGCCAGGAAAUGAACUUUUUAAUAAUCCGAGAGGGAGGAAAGCCCUCCGUCCCCUCGGUUCGGGGGGCGCCCGGCCCGGCCCAGAUCCACGCGCGCGCCUCCGUCUCCCUCUCGGGCUAAGUGUGGGCCGCGCCAAAGGGUCGCGGGCCGGGACCGGGAGCCUCCUCCCGCCUCUGGGUCUCGCCGCGGCGCAGGUAAAGGAACGGGAGGGGGCUCAGAGCCCCAUCCGGCUGGGAACCGGCGCGUCUCGGCCCGUGGAGACCCGCCUGCCCCGACCGGCCGCUGCGCCUUCCGCUCCCAUCCAUUCCGGCGCGCGCGGGGCCCAGGCUUCUAGGAACUCCGCUCCGCGGGAGAGGACGCCGGCGCCCGCCGGUCAGCGCGCCGGGGCCGGGAGCGGGGGCGCCCGCGGGCACCGGGCCUCCACGGCCGCGGCCGGCAGGUGAGGGGCCUCCCAGCGACGCGCGAGGUCUGACCGGACCCGCCGUCUCCGUCCGUCCGUCUCUUCUUAUCUUUAGUUUUCGAUUCUUCAUCAGCGCGUAAAAUGCGAUCGCCACGAAGCCUCGAGCCUGUUUGGUGACCCUGGAGCCUAGCGGGAGCGUCUCUAAGACAACGCAACCCAGGACCGCCCGUGGCCGGCCAGCGGCCCCACGCGAGCUCGGACCCGGGACUCGGCGUGAGAGGACGCCGGCCGGUUGGCCGGCUACGGGGCCAUUAACGCCGGAAUGGAACGGAAGCUUCCCUCGGGGCCGUGAUCGGCGCCUCGGUUCGCAGGGAGGUGGCCGCUGCGAGCGUUUGGAAAAUCAGGGAAAGGAGCGGCGGCCACGCCCGGGGGCCCUGGACGUCGGACCUCUCCCCUCGCGGUUGGGGCCACCUGGAGUUCAAGCCCGGCCUCCACGCAAGGAUUCUGAUGCCAGUCGUCCAUACCCCAUUUACACCCCGGCGGCGGCGGAUCCCUGAGCCCCCGGUGGCCCAUUCUCAUUGAAAUCCCACUAAAAGGAUUCCGACUCCGGCUUGGGGCGGGGGAGAGGGGGGCUUUCAGACCCCGCGAUCUCCCCCACCCGAACCCCAACCACACAGGAUAAAGGGCCGCGGGGCGCGGCGCUCGGGGCGCGCGCGGGAGCAAGCCGGGUUAAGCCUCGCAAAGCCGGCGCACGGGACCGGCGGGCAGGUGCAGUCGCGGCUCCGCGGCCCGGCUUGGGCACAUCCGCCGCCGUGGCCCGGAGGUGGGGGGUGGCCGAGACAAAGGCCCCAUCUGGGGGGCCGGGAGGGCGCUUUGGAGGCUCUGGGAAUAACCCGGGCCCAAUGGCUCCGUCUGAGAAUUGGGAAGGCGAGAGGCCCGAGGUGGGCCUGCUGUUCCCAGCUCCCCAAAUACUCCCCCAGGUUUAGACCCCUAUGACCUGGGUAGGCAGGGCAGCUGGUAGGGUGAUCCCGGAGGACCACGUGUCAGGGGCCACAGGGCCCGGGAGACCGUGCGAUUCGGGGCCGGUGGGUCGAGCCUGGGGGGCUGGAAGGGCCCUGGGCAGGCUGAGGCAGGGGACUUACCGAGCGAGGUGCGGCGACGGCGCCCCCGGGCGGACGGGGUCAAAGCGGAGCCGGGCGCACAGCAGAAUGCGGGGUUCGGUGGGCCCCCCGGACCCGGCGCGGGCCGGCGGCGUUCACCAGCAGGGCCUGGGCGUGCGCCGAGCGGCCGCGUGGUGCGCGGCGGACCGCUUUUGUCCCUCGGUGGCCCACCCGGGCCGGCUGGGAUGGAGGCGACAGCAGCCUGGAGUCAGACUGGAGCGGCGAGCCCUAGCCACGCAGGCCUCCCUACCUCUUGCUCCCGCCGCCUCUCCCUCCCCGGGCCACAGCGUCCGCUGCUUUUUAUUUCGACAGCACUUUGAGGGGGCGGGAGCACCGCAGGGGGUAGGAGGGUGCUCGGGUUCUGCUCCCCGUCCCCCUAGUGCAGAGACCCGCCAGGGUGGAGGGCAGGCAGGCCCUCCAGGCGCACACUGCCUACUCGCCCGUACUCCAGGCCGCUUCCAUCGCAGGGACAGCGUACUCGCACCCCAGAGCGGGAUGCCCGCUCAGAAAGCCCGGACAUCUCUCGUCAGAGACUCUCCCGGGGCCCUCUCGGACCCUGGCCACACGCACUCGCACACAGAUGCCUGCCCCACCUCCUCCAGUCCACUUCCAGUCGUGUUUGAAAAGACACACACACAGUUGUGCACACACACACGUGUUAGCUCACACAGCUGUGGCUUCGUGGACAUCUUCAGCCAGGAGAUCUGGGUCACGCCGACAUGCACACGUGCUCACACGCAAAGGUAACUCAACACGGGCACACCACCUCCCUUCCUUCCAGGCUGAUUUGGCUUUGGCUGAGUAUACUCACUUUCCCUCCCCUACCCUACCCACCCGUACCCAUCCUCAAUCCCCCCACUGCAGGGCAAACAAGAGCCUUUUUGGAGUAGAGUUUAAGGCAUCUCCUUGCACAGGAGGGGGAAGGGAGCAGAGGGCUUGUCCUUGGAAGGUUGUGUGGAAGAGUUGGGGUGUGGGGGUCUUCACCUCAUGAAGGCUCCUGGGUCUGUGAGCUAGUCCUUCAACUUUCAAAGCCCCUACCAUGAAAUGGAACUUCAAAUCCCUCCCUGCUCUCGUUCCAGCUGCCCAGGAGAGAGAGUGGUCUAGGGAUCUUGGGAUCAAAGAGAAAGUGUUUGGCCUUGGUAGCACUGAGAAGUCUGUGGUCCCAGGAAAGCAAGGGUGUGCCCUGGAGAGGGGUGUCUCUGCGCCCCCCCCCCCACGCCCCGCACCCUCCCAGCUGUCUGAGGCUGGUGGUGACUGUUGCAUGUGUAUGUGCUCAUGCCUAUGGGAGAAUAUCUGUCCUGAGUGCCCGUAUGUGGCUGAGCAUUUGUGAGCACAUGGGAAGUCUGCAAAACUGAGUAUAUUAGUACAUCCAUUUCUUUCCAUGGGUCCCCAAGAGUUUGUGCAUUGAGUCUGUGUAUUGUGGGUCCCUGAGAGGUCACGUGGGUUCUCUGAGAGUUUGUGUAUUGUGUGUGGCUAUUUCAGAGUGUGUCCCCACAUGUGCACACAGGAGAGUCACUCUGUGGAACUGGAUAUACGUUCCUGCUGCUGUGUAUCUCUGUGAGACCAUUGUGUCCAUGAAUCAUGCAAUAGGAAGUGGAUAUUUCCAAGUGUUUGUCUAUAAAUUGGUAUGUGUCUUUGUGUGGGUCAGUCACUGGGUAUCCUGUAUCUGUGAAUCAGGGAGUGUGUGUGUGUGUGUGUGUGUGUGUGUGUGUGUGUGUGUGUUUCUUUAACAGCAUAGGUAUGGAUAUGUAUCAUUGUACCUUUGAACUGAUGGUGGGAGGAUGGGUAGUGUAUCCAGGGAGAAUGGAGAGUAUAUCCAAGUUGUCUGCAUAUCUGUUAUAGCUCCAUGUAUGAGCUGAUGUGUGUUGGGGUGGGUGUUUGUGUAUCUGGGGCAUGGGGAUCAUGUGUAUGAAUAUAUCUUUCAACUAUGAGUGUUUUUCUACCUAGUAUUGCCCUGUGUCUGUGUCUGUGCCUGUGCCUGUGUCUGUGUCUGUGUCUGUGGAGGAGUGUGUCCCUGGGUGACUCAUAGUAUGUGUGUCUUCUCAGAUCACCCGCCAUCCGCACCUUCCCUAACCAGCAGGGCAGGCAGCCAGUGGAGCUCCAGGGUGUCAUUUGCCAGGGCACUUUCUGUCUGUCUGUGGGAGGGGGAGAUGAGUUGAUAAGGCUUAUCUCCUAACACCAGCGCCAUGCUGAAUAACUGCUCUAAUGAGGCGGCCUCCCUGAGACCACCCUCUCCCAGGGCAUCCAGCCACACGGGGAAGGGCACAAGGGAGCCAGUCCUGGGGUGCAGGCACAACCCUCCCUCCCCCCAUGAAUCCAGCAGGGCCUGAGUAGCCACAGGACCUUCUGUAGUUCUGUCCUGUUUCCUCAGGGGUGGUGGGUUCCAGGUCUUACAUCACCGCACACCAAGCCAGCUCCCUGCUGCACCGGGCUGGCCAAAACUGGCUGGAGCCUCCCAGCCUCCGAUCUUUGGUAGGAACAUGGCGUUGAGAGGGCAGGCGGUGUGAGGCCUGGAGAUGGGAGUCAUAAGGAGUGUGGGUGGAUUGAGAGACAUGGAGACCCAGGAAGACCACAGGACAGGUUUUAAAAAUCCACCGUGAUAAAGGGCCACAGACACCACGGGGGAGGGGGGACAUUCGGGGACAGACAGAAACAAACAACUAAAAAGUGGCAAAAAGGGUUAGAGAUCAGGGAACAAAAGCAGUUAAAGUGUUAACUAGAAAAGAACAUGGGCAGAGAGAGGGAAACAAGACAAUAGGGCAACGGGGAGGAGAAAAGGCCCCAGAAAGAGGAGGGAAAGUGGGGAGCGGGAGAUGGUCUGGGCAGGAAGGACAGACUGAGAUAGAGAGCCGGCCGGGGCUCAGCAGCGCGAGCGCCAACGAUAGCAGGGAGACCGAGUGCCAGGUGGCGGGCGGCCGG